CGGAUACGUUCCUGCACAGUGGGUGACCAAAACUUAUUCAAGAAGACGCGUUCAAACUGCUCGUAUGUUACACAUCUGUCGUUUUCAUGGGCCAGUGAAAACUCUUCUGUCGUGGCGAGGUUUCCAGCCACUGGCCAAACUGAGCUACUGCGUCUACUUGGCACAUCCAGUCAUCCUCUUCUACCACUGGGGGAUUACGAGGACACCUAUCACCUUCGGGCGGUACUAUAUUGUCCAGAAAGCACUGGGCGUCUUGCUGAUGGUGUUACCAGUGGCAGCGGUCCUUUCACUGAGCUUCGAGAUGCCUGUCCUCAAUCUAUCUAAGGCUUUUCUCAAUCCAGGGAGACAACAGGGAAACUGCUGGCGCUCUCGAGCCAAACCAGUAUCGGAUGCAACUGAACAGAAGCUGCCGGCAGACCCGCAAACGAGAGAUAUCCAUAUGACAGUUGUGAAUUCCAGGGAGCAAUCGGGGUUCAACCCGAACGAAGUCGUGCAUCUAUAG